CUUCUCCUUUCUAUAACAAACAAAUCCCUUGAAAUAACCUAAUAAUUAGGGAUUAGAAUGAAAAAUAUAAAUUUCGUUUAUUAUUGUAUUUCUCACAUCAAUUUGAGAAUCAAACAUGAAAGAAGAAAAAGAAAAAAUAGUUGAUCCCGAAGGACAUAGAUAUGGGAAUUUUGUAAAUUAUUACAAUUUUCAUCCUGCAGAGGAACGAAUUCAACAACUUCCAAAAAAUAUUUGGAAUUCAACAGAUUGUAAAUUUAGUGCUCUAGAUAUUGGAUGCAACACUGGAAAUUUAUCAUUUUCGCUCUACAAUUUUCUCCAAUGUAAUGUAUCGUCAUCAUCUGAGGAAAAAUGUAAAAUUUCACUUCUGGGAGUUGAUCUUGAUCCGACUUUAAUUGAGAGAGCUCAGUUGCAAUAUUCCACGACAAGUGAAAUCAGAUUUGAAUGUCUAGACUUUCUCUCUAAAGACAGAGAGCAUUUGAUAACUAAUUAUUUGGAAAGUGUUCAGAAAUCCAGAUUUAAUGUAGCAUUUUGCUUUUCCAUCACAAUGUGGAUUCAUCUAAACCACGGAGAUGAGGGUUUGAUAAAAUUCCUAAAAACUGUUUGUGAACUGUCAGAUAUGAUCGUAAUUGAGCCUCAACAAUGGAAAAGUUAUAGAAAUGCAUCAAGACGACUACGCAGAGCAAAUGUUGACGAUUUUUUGUUAUUAAACAAACUUAAAUUCACAGGUGACAUGUAUUUGCAUAUUGCAAAUAUUCUUAAAAACGAGUGCAAUUUUUCCAAUGUGACAGUAACUGAAACUAAUAACUGGCAAAGAAGAGUGUUAAUUUAUAAACGAAAAAGUUAAUAUUAGUGAUUCGUAUUUGUACAUUUUUUUAUAAAAUAAAUUCUGCUAGACAUAUCAGAAAAAAA